CAGGGCUACAACUUUUCAAAGGAUGCAGAAUACAGCCCCACUCGGGGGAAGAUGGGAAGAAAAUAUUUUACUGUAGACAAAUAGCUUUAUGCAAGUCGUGAGAGGUUAAUGCAACAGCAAGACAUGUCAAAAAGCUCCUCAGGUCUGAAUACAAGCAGCCAUAGAUUCUGUAAAUCCUAUUCCUCUCACUGUUCUGCUCUAAGUGAUACAGAUACUACUUUGCCAGUUUUAUCAAGACACAGAGGAAUACUCCAGCAGAGCACUGACUCAGGGAUAUCUUCACCACUUCCCUCAGAUUCCUUCAAGUAUCUCACUUGGCAUGAGUUAAAAGAACAUGAUGUUCGCGGAAAUGAGAUUCGUUGCCCCCGGGUGAGAGAAGGGCCUUCAGCAGAAGAGUUGUUUUUCAGAGGAGAAGAAGAUGCCUUGCAAGCAAGAAAACAAGUAAUGGAAAAAGAGGAAUGGCAACAGAGGCUGCAAGAAAACUGGGAAAACUGUGCAAAUUUGAACCUUUCAUUUCAGGACUUGGGAGAUCUUUACCAGCUAGAAAACUUUAACAGGAUUCUCCGGAGAUUAAUUCGAGUGGAAAGGCUUUGGUUGGUGGACAAUUCUUUGACAGACCUAAGUGCCAUAAGGUUGCCAAGAUGCAAAGAAUUAAAUGUCAGUAAAAAUCAUUUUACAUCCUUCAAACAGCUGCCAAAGAUACCUCAGAUUCGUCACUUGUCACUGGCUGAUAACAACAUUGAGACACUAAGUGGGAUAUCAAACUUGAGAUCUACUCCACUAGAAUCCCUUAUACUCAAGAGGAACCCCUGUGAGUUUAAAGAAAACUACAGGCAGCUAGUGUUCUCCAAUUUGCCAAACUUGAGAACGCUGGAUGGGGUCCCAAAGCUGCCAGAGGAUUGUCCACCUCCAGAGAUCGGUUUUCUUUCAAAAAUGUGCACCAUACUGUAGCACUGUAUUUUGUAUCAUAAUGGAGCUAAUGGAAUUGCCAUACUUAACAGAACUAAUAAAUCCAGUACAUACACUUUUUUUUCUGAUCAAACAGCUGUAGAGUCCUUCUUGAAAAUGUGAUCCAGUUGAAUGUGCAAGAGAGAUAAAACUGAGGAAUGGAUUUUAAAAGUUAGGCACACCUAAGUAUAUAUACAUCUGUGUACACAUAAUUAAGCUAGUGCACGCAAAUGUAUGUAUGCUAUUGUAAACUUCUAAGCUUGAAAGUCUGAUCCUGAAUGCUAGAAAUAUAUCAUGUUCCUAGUUCUCAUUUCAGUGAUUUACAUUUAAAUUAGAAAUUAUUAUUAAAUUAGAAUAAAUUGGGUUUAUUGA